CUUUAAUUUUUUUGAAGGACCUCAGAGGCUCAGAAAAAGAGAUGGAAUUCCUGACCUUAGACGAGCUGCUCGGUUUCGGUAUGCCAGCAUCUCACUACCCGAAGUAGGCCUACGCCCAACACUGUCAUAGGGAUUGCCACUUGUUGAUCCCGAUAAGUUUUAUCAUGUUGACUUUCUUUUUAAAUAAAUAAAACUUCCAGGUUGAUGAAUCACUAAAGAAGUUAUUAAAGAGUUGGAGAGACCUUGAAAUCACCCUGCUUGCUGCUAUCAUUCGUGACUUGAAGAUUGUUAAAGAUGAGACCAUGGUUAUAGUUAUGGAUGAUGAUGGUGCACGUUCCAAGGGCAUUGCACGUUCAUUGAGGAAGCUUGGACUCAAGAGGCCAUACGUGAUGCAAGGUGGGUUUCGCUCAUGGAUAAACGAGGGUCUUCGUAUUAAAGAACUAAAGCCUGAGACAGCUCUUAGCAUCAUCAAUGAGGAAGUUGAGGCAAUCAUUGAGGAAAUCAACCCAACCCCAUUGAAACUUCUUGGAUUUGGAACGGGUUUUAUAGCACUUGUGUAUGCGUUACUCGAGUGGGAGAAGACACUGCAACUGAUUGGUUUCCUUGGUCUUCUUCUGACUAUAUAUCUGCGACUUUCGUCCUACGAGGAUUCAGAAGAUAUUAUACAGGAUGUUAGGCUGCUGCUGGGCCCAUUUAGAUUGGGAGGACGGGCGAUUUCUUGGGCAAUCGGGAAGUUUGACAGGAGUGGCAAUGGGCUGCCCACUUUACCGCCAUGUUCAAGCGAUGUGCAUAGCAGGGUGUUGCAAGCUGCUGCCAAGCACGAGUCCCAACCAUAGGAAGAUCCAUCCUCUGCAACAAUGGCUUCUCCCAAUGGAAGUGUGGAUCUCCCAGAAGCAUAAUAUAUUAUUCGUUUGUAAAGGGAACUCUGGUUUUGGUAUAUAAAAAGCAACAGUUAUAUAAUGUACCCCAAGACUUCCCUUACCUUUUCUUUUGGUGUAGAAGGCUACUCAAGUCCUUAAUUUAUUAGCAGACCAAGUAUGGGUAAAAUUGGAGUAAAAUUCUUUGACAUUA